GACUUGCGUAAACUCAAGUCCUAAUUCAAAACUUGUCAUGACACAUGAGAUGUAUACUAACUACAUACAUAAGUCGCGUUUACAGCACUUUGGCACGGCAUGGAUAAAAUUGGUACCCGUGCCCGGUUUUAUUAGUUCUCAUGCAGAAGUUGUAUUUUAAUCUUAUAGAUGUGAACGAGUUAAUUGGUUGCUACAGAUGUUCAAACUAGUAUAUCACUAUCCAGUGGAUAGCGCAUUUGUACAACCACAGUAAAAAGUACCAACCGACAAUUUAACGAUACUGGUUUGACUGGUCAGUACAGGGUCGUGAUACAGGUUUUGAAGAGCAACUUCGCAUCGUUCAACACCCCUGUUCACAAGUUACAUUUCCCCUGAGUCCCCUCCCACGUCGACACCCCUUCGUAAUGUGACGUUUAUUUAUGCCACGCGACAAUUGCAAUAUCAACUAUCAAGUUUGAAUUUGAGAAUGGCGCAUGGUGAUGGGAAUCGAAUGACUAGAACCGAUCAAAGUUCAGCUUAGAAAUACUUGCUGGACCCUGUUUAACUUUGUAACGAGACACGACUGGGACUUUGGCUUGUUAAUAAAAUACAAUGUAAAACUUCGCCCGGGCAGUAUUAUGUACGGUUGCAUGCAAAUUUAAUAUGUCUCCAUUUAUUAAACGGGUGGCUGAAUUCAAAGAUGUUUCGAAACAAUAUAUUACGUUGUAUUAAACGAUAUUUUAUUUCAAGAAAUAUGGUUGAACCCAAAAUAAAAGAGUUCAGCUUUGAGUUGUGCCGUAAAUAUCUUGGAGGGGAGUGGAAGAAAACACCCUUGGCAAAGUUUGAAAUACAACGAGUUCAUGGUGGCUUGACGAAUCAUUUGUUUGUUUGUUCCUUGCCAAAUGAUACGAGAGAGAAGAAUCCUAAAAGCAUAAGCAAAGUUCUUCUUCGUCUCUAUGGAGCGUUCUAUAGCGACAUGUCGGAUAGCACAGUACGAAUGAUGGAAGAAUGUAUGAUUUGUGUUCUGUUAGCGGAGAAAAAAAUGGGACCUGACCUGUAUGGGAUAUUUCCAGAGGGAAGACUGGAACAGUUUAUACCUGAUGUUCGAUCUUUAACAAGUACUGAAGUGCGACAGCCUCAAUUAUCCCGACAGAUAGCCGAACAUGUCGCUGCUUUUCAUAAACUGACAUUGCCGUUGUCGAAGGAGGGAACCUGGUUUCUAGAAUCACUGGAAAAGUUCAUAAAGGAGAUAAAAGAGCUUAAGUUCAGCGAUUCCGCAAAAUCCAGAAAGUUGAAAGAAAUUUUAGCUCUAUAUGAUAUAGAUGAAGGACUUCAAUUCAUCAGAUCAGUUGUGCAGAACUGCGACUCUCCGGUUUUGUUUUGUCAUAAUGAUAUGCAACCAGGAAAUCUUUUAGUGAAGACUUAUGAAUGUCUCGAGGUUGCAAAAAUCAAAGUGAUUGAUUUUGAAUAUUCCUGCUAUAAUAACAGAGGAUUUGAUAUCGGCAACCAUUUUUGUGAAUGGGUAAGCGACUACAAUUACCCUCAUUAUCCAUAUUUCAUUGGAGACAUGACCAAGUAUCCAUCACAUGAUCAGAAGGUUUUCUUUGUGCGUACCUACUUGCAAGCGUUACACGAAGGCGAGAACGUGUCCGACGAAGAAGUUGAGAAGGUUAUUGUUGAAGCAGACAGAUUAUCUUUACUUUCCCACUUCUUCUGGGGAAUGUUUUCCAUUCUUCAAAGCUACAAAUCAACAAUAGACUUCGGAUAUCUGGAAUACGCAUUGUAUCGACUGGAGUGUUUUGAACAUUUUAAAUAUCUCGCAGAUGACGAAAGAAGCGAGGGCAAAAAGACGUUGUGUAUCAAUGGCAGUCACUAAAAGAGAAUAAUAUAUGCGCAUCGGUUCCAGUUUACGUACAUAAGUAUUUUCAGUUUAUCUGAAAAUCUAUACUUUUUUUUGCAUUCAAAUGCAUGUAAUCACUGCCAUGAUUAAGCUAUACAAGAAUGCCGAAAGUUCAAAACCUGGUAGGUAUACUAAAGUAUUUUAUUCGGGUAUAUUAUAAAACGACUCGUAAUUAGGUUGAUUGUGUAUAUAUAGGAAACGCACAUUUUACAUUUUGUUCAUUUUACAGUAUGAUAUUUCAGCAUAAUUAUAUAUACAGGGUGUUUCAUAAAUCCUCAGCCUUGAAAUUUCUGAAGAAAUCUAUACUUUGUAAUUAGUUCAAGGCGACGUUCACACGGCGGAACCAUUUUCGUUCGGUUUCCUUCUGCAUGUGAACAAGUAAAACCGUACGUAGCUUAAGGCAUGAAAAAUUUGGCCCUGGGAAAUUUGAAACCUCUUUUUUAAAAUCGUGACUGUUGAUUUUUUAGCUAUUAACUAGAGAGACGAUGAAGUGGAGUUUUAGUAUGAUUAGAAAAUUGAUUACGAAAAAAGAACCUCCAAUAUGUUGCAAAGAAAUGUCUGGCAACUUUACAGCGAUUUAAAUAAAAAAAUAAGCACCGUUCUACAAUAUAGUUUUUUUUUACCUCGAGAUCAUUUGUUUAAAAUUACUGGUUUUUGAUCUGCCACUUUGACAAAAACAACACGCCGCCAUUUUGAAAGUUGGCUUGGGUGAUUAUCGCGUAAUAAUCCAACGUUGCUUGACCAAUCAGAGUCCAGGAUUAAGAGCAAGUAAUACGAUUUAUUUUAUUAUUAAGCGUCGUUUUUGUGCUCAAAUGCAAAGCAGAUUUCCAAGGAAAUUUCUACGUUGGGGAUUUUUGUAUACUCCCUGCCUAUUUUCUACCUAAGUAGAAUUCACAUGUCUAACAGAAAGUAGAUUUUAUCUAUUAUCAUAGCCCAGUCUUACGCUCAAAUAUAUUUGAAAUUACAUACAUAGAUAGAAAUACAUCCAAUUAAUUAUUCACCUGAUCAAAGCAUUACAAUAUAUUGACGUUCAUGCAUCUAUCAGGCGUCAUGGCCACACAAGAUAUCACUUAAAACGUAAGUCCAGAUGAGAAUAAUACUAAUGUGUGCUUAAGGCCAUGUUACACGGUGCGAUUAUCUUUGCAACUUGCAAUACAUUUCUACUCUAAAGAGAUGUAAAUU